CGGCACGAGGCUGCUUUCUUAAUGAAGCGAUGUCUGCUACCCCCCUAGCUCGUUAGGGUCUGAUCCGAUCCGAUCCGAUCCGUGUAAAUCCAGUUCGCUCUUAAGAGCACUUGAAUAUUACUCACUACUAGGUAUUACUACCUUGCAUAGGUACGUAGUAGGUAGUAGUCUUGCUACUUGUUGCUAGAUGAUCGACGGCACACGAUAGACAUGUUUUUAGAACCGUCUAACUUGGAAUACUACUCUGUUUUAAUAAUCAUGCUGAUAUAAUAUAUACUACCAACCUAUGCAUAUUAAUAUAUAAUAAUAGUAAGAGCCGCCUUGCCGAAUGCUACCCAGGGAUCGUCAUCCUAGGACCCAAGUCGGAAUAAAUAGAUUCGACGCUCGCGCGAGAACGUUCCCGGAGGCGAACUUAUAAAUACAUAGGAUUCAUGUAACCCGGAUCUAGGCGGCGGGACUAACAAGCGAACGGGAAGUUAUGGUAUUGUGAUGAGUGAAGCGUGCGUGCUUGGAUAUUUACGGAGAUUCGCUUUCUUAUAGACUUCUUUGUGGGUUGAUUUUCGGCGAAAUAUAUCUUGAGCAACGAUAUAUUAGAGGUUUCAGCCAUGACGCAAGCAAAUCUAGAGCAGCAGCAGCAGCAGCUCGAGUUGCUAGGCCCGGCUUAUGUGCUGGAAUGGACAGAGAGUCAGCGCCACUGCUCCCGGCGGUACUUUAGAAGUGCCGAAGAGCUGCGCACUGAUAUUCAGCAGCAGGAAAAGGAACCGCAGAGGUUUGAGCCCCGACGUCGGCUCCUAGUCCUCCGCGAGUUGCCCCUGGACUACGUGCAGGUGUUAAGAGACCUGCUGGAUAUUGACGCGGGCUUUAUCGACGCACAUAUUAGUCGGUUGAGCUAUAGGCCGCUGGUAAGGCGGAGGCGGGACCAUGGGGCUACUCGGACCGGAUUCGUUCGCUUCGAGUAUCCGGAGUUGUUUACGGCACCGAAGGGAUUUACCCCGGAUGCAAAGAGGGUCCCGUCGGCGACUGGCUCUCGUACUAGAGGUGAUGAUAACGUUGAAGAACCGUCUCUGCAUCUUAUCUCGGACGACGGAAAAGGGGUACUGUUCUGCCGCGCUUCGUUAUGGCAGUGUGCCAAGGCCAAUGUCCUUCUGAUGGACUGUCCGGCAUGGACUCGGAAACAUCGUUCUUCGGACCCAGGCCAAGUUCUCGCUACUACCAGCCUGGUAGAUGGAGAUAUGUCGAAUUUUGAGUCGCUUCUCUACCAUGGCUUAGAGGAGGAAUGGCGUGAUAGUUCCUACGAGGACGUAGAUAUACGUGCUCUCGUGCAAGACAUCGCCGUGCACCAAUGGACCGAAUUCUUCGAUAUGGUUUCUUCGAAUAUAUCCCCCGGUAUGCAUCACAUGACGGCGCUGUACUGGCAAGUACAGGAAACCCUAGAAAGAAACCUGAGCAGCGCUGAGCUCUGCGAGAAAUCACUCCAGGGUACAAGCUCCCCGUCUUUAACCCCCUAUUCCACUAAAUCAGACUGGGAAUCCCUCCUCUCCCGCCUUAAUAGACAUGUCUCGUUACUGAACCACCUUGCCCCUAUUUCCACACACAGCCCUAACCCUAGUCCCACUAUCCCCGGCAGCAUCCCACCCCGUCCACUGGAGAAGCAGCCCCUUACUACAAGAGGUAUUCCCCCAUCAGAAAUGAUCCCCCGCCACCAUCACACCCGCAGCGGCAACAACUCCUCUAGCGCCGACGAACAGAACAAGCACGCGUUAGACCGCGUCUCGUACAUGGGCGGCGUUCUACUCCCACUAUCGAUCGUUUCCAGCAUCCUAUCCAUGAGCGACCCGUUCGGGCCCACGGGGCCCAUGUUCUACGUCUUCUGGGCGGCGGCCGUGCCUCUAGUCUUCGUCGCCAUCCUAAUCAUCUACGCUGAUUCGAUCCGCAAGGCCGAGGUCUGGAUCGAGGUCGCGAGUAAUGGUAGUAACACCGGCAUUGGUGAUACUAGCGAAGAGAAACCUGGGACCGAUCUUGAAGGUCAGGCUUUACCGUAUAAUGGGCUUGGGAUCGCGGCGCUGGGAAGGGGGGAAGAAGGUGAGGAGGCAAUGGGGACAGAUUCGUUGGAUGAGCCAGCUAUGAUGGUAGAGAAGCUAUUCAAAGAUGCUGGGAGUAGAAAGUGGCAGAAAAAGCAGCUUGGUUGGGGUGGCGCAUGUAAGACUGCUUUGCGUAUUUACAAGCUCAAGAAACCACCCAGCUGGGUUAGGCAUGGAAGGACAGUUUAAAGUACGCAGGCUAAUA